AUGCCUCGACGUGCUCGCAUCCAUUUCGUAUCGCUGCAUUCGUCCUUGGUGAACCUGCCUAUUUCUAUUUAUGGCCCUCUGUUGGAGCGCAGCGUCCGCCCACAAGGGCUCGCGGUACAUCUCUCUCUCGUGCCUUCGGGUAACCGUCCGGAAAGAGGGAAGAAAGAAGCCUACGUGGGAUGGACAGGCAUGGCGUCGGCUUCGUCUCUAGCAAAUAUCAACUCGGUCGACGGAGACAGCCUUGGAACUAUUGAAAUAGACCCUCAGUAUGCACAGGCAUUAGGUUUCUUGCAAGGGGAUCUUGUAGAGAUUGGAUUACUGCAUGACCUGCCUUACGCAAAGUCUGUGGGGACUGAACCAGUUACUGCUGACGACUGGGAGAUUAUCGAAAUUCACGCUUCACACGUAGAAUCGACGCUAUUAUCCCAAGUGCGUGUCGCCAACGUCGGACAAGAAAUAGAUGUUUGGGUAUUGGGAAGAACGAGAGUACGACUUACUGUGGUGUCGUUGGAUCCUACGAAUAAAGGCAAAGCGCUUCUGUUGACAAUCGACACCGAAGUCAGCAUUGCACCCAAGCUGCAUAGCCGUCAACAACUCAAACCCGAAAAACCUAGCACCACGCCAACUACGGAUGACCCCAAAGCAAAGAUCCAGUCUCCUUCGUCAUCGGUGCAGGCCCAUUGUCUCCGGGUGGUACCAUCCCGUGUUCUUACUCGACCUUUCGCUGUUUAUACGGGCUCCGAGCUACUAGGAUUUGUUUCCCCAGCAACUUUUGCCAAGGUUACAAGAUCAUCCGAAUCCCUCGGGGAUGACACCUAUGUUAAAGCCCAUGCGAAGCGUCUUCCACCACCUACCGAUCCAUCCUCCAGUGCCACUGCGAGUGCAACUCCAGGUCCUGUUCCGCGGGUCCUUAAGCCCGGGGAGAAGGAAUCGACGACAGUAGAGCCGGGUACAAUAUUUCUGGGCCGAUCUGAAGGCAUACCGAAUGGCCACAUUGUUUUGCCGACCGCUGUGGACGAUAUAGAGGAGUGGGACUUGGUCAGUGUCUCUGUCGAUACGGACUCCUCACCCUUGCGCAUACCGUCUGACAAGGCUUCGACCUCCACGGUCAAGACUCCACCUCCUACCACCGACUUUUUGGCUGGCGUCGACGACAUACUGAUCCGGUGUACAGAAUUUUGCAUACGAACGAUGAUUUUGCAUUCAACAAAGACUUCUGUCCGUGGAGUGUCUUCUCUCCUUGUUACGGGCAGGCCUGGGGCUGGUAAAACAUCCAUCGUGAAGGCUGUCUCGCACCGGUUGCAGGAGAAUCCAAAGACUUUUGCUUAUAUCCACUACGUCGACGUCACACCCUAUGCAGACAAGCCCGUCAGCACAGUAAAGGCUCUGUUCAAAUAUUGGUUUGAUAAAGCAGCUUGGCAUAAACCAUCCAUCUUGAUUUUGGACAACAUUGAGCACUUGUUAAAGGCAGAAGAAGAGCACACCGACUCGUUCCGAACUCGACAACUGGUAGAGCUAUUCGUAUAUCUCUACUCUUCCUCCGCUCGAUCUGCUUCUCCGAAUUCCAGAGGCGUGAUUCUCAUUGCUACAGCACCUUCAGCCAGUGCUCUUCACCCCCUCUUGAACAGCAAGCAUAUCUUCAAUGAGAUUGUCCAUGUCAAGGCUCCAAAUAAAGAUGCUCGAAGAGAUAUCCUUAGCCAAAUCGUGAAAGAUCGCCUCGAACUCGCAGAAGAUAUGCGAGAGGAUCCUGCAGCACCCUUGAAUUAUACUUACAUCGCCACGCAAACGGAAGGUUAUUCCGCUACGGACUUGCAAGAUUUAGUGGCUCGUGCGGUACAUCAAUCUGCCAUCAAGGUUGCCAUGGACGAUAGUCCAGCUCUUCUUACGCAAACAGAUUUCGAUGCUGCUCAAGUGGACUUUGUUCCCCUAUCCCUUCGCGAUGUAAAAACCCAAAAGUCAGAUAUUACAUGGUCUGAUGUCGGAGGACUGAAGGAAACAAAACGGAUUCUUCGGGAGACACUGGAGUGGCCUACAAAGUACGGUCCCAUUUUUGCGCAAUCUCCCUUACGUUUGCGAUCUGGUCUGCUUCUGUACGGUUACCCUGGAUGUGGCAAGACUCUAUUAGCAUCAGCCGUAGCGAAGGAAUGCGGUCUGAACUUCAUCAGCGUCAAGGGUCCUGAAGUCCUUAACAAAUACAUCGGUGCCAGCGAGAAAACUGUCCGGGAUCUAUUUGAACGAGCUAGUGCUGCUAAGCCAUGUGUUCUCUUUUUCGAUGAGUUUGAUUCCAUCGCCCCCAAACGAAGUCACGACAGUACCGGCGUAACAGAUCGUGUCGUGAAUCAGAUGCUUACACAAAUGGAUGGCGCGGAAGGGCUGGAUGGGGUAUACGUCUUGGCUGCUACCAGUCGUCCUGAUCUCAUCGACUCGGCCCUGUUGCGCCCUGGUCGUUUAGACAAAUCACUUCUGUGCGACAUGCCCGAUUUCGAUGAACGCAAGGAUAUAUUGAAGGCUGUCACUCGGAAAGUGACCCUAGCUCCAACUGUCGACCUCGAUGAAAUUGCAGAUGCCACGGAAGGAUUCUCGGGUGCGGAUCUUCAAGCAUUGGUUUACAAUGCCAACCUAGAAGUUGUCCAUUCAACUAUAUCUAUGGACAUUAAUGGCGGUAAUUCGUCUCGCGAGGACGAGACGCCUAUCGAUUACACGACGUUUGGUGGCGGAUCUAAAGACAAGGCGGUAAGCAGUAAGGCAGAAAAGAGUGCGCUUCAGAAACGGCUGCGACAAAUACAAGCAUCAUGUCAGUCCAAUAAAAGGACAGUAAAGGAUGAAAAAAGUGCUGGUAAUUUACCCAAGAAGCAACAUGUAAUUCAACCGGAGCACUUCGUAACUCGACUAAAACUAGAUCGAAUAUAUCGUGAAUUUACUUCUGACAGGACUGGUGAACUUCCUGUCCCCCCUGAAGGCUCCGGUAUCGGAAUUCGUGCGUCCCUGGGAUAA